CUCAUUCGGUGACUCAGUUUCAAACUUGAACUCGAGCGUUGAACAAGAACCAAUUAACAAAAUUUUCAAAAUGGCCACAAAUGUACGCAAAAUGCCAGCCAUAGAAUACAAAUUGAACAUCACCGAGGAGGAGAUACCAGAGAGUAUACGGCUCAUAGCCGAACAGCAAGGAGAAUGCCAGAAGAGCAAACAGGAGACAAUUGCUCAAUUUCGCGAUUAUAUUUUGGAACACAACGAUUGCCAGCCACAUCGAAAUGAUGACAAAUAUCUGGAAAAGUUUCUACGUGCCCGCUACUGGAAGCUGGGAAAUAGCUACAAACUGCUGUGCAGCUACUACAAAUUCCGGGAGGAGAAUAAAAACUACUAUGAGAAGGUGCGUCCCAUUGAUCUGAGGCAUCUGGGCGAUGAGAAUAUAUUGACAGUGACGCCAUAUCGCGAUCAGCUUGGACAUCGCAUACUCAUCUAUCGCUUUGGCAUAUGGCGACCAAAUCGCGUCACUGUCGAUGAUAUAUUCAGGGCUACGAUUAUUCUACAGGAACUGGGCUCCAUGGAGCCUAUCUCACAGAUAAUGGGCGGUGUGGCCAUAUUUGAUUUGAAGGAUUUGGGACUGGAGCAUCUGAUCCAUUUGAGUCCCGGUGUGGCACAGAAAAUGCUUGCCUUAUUAGUGACCUCCAUGCCCAUUCGCACAUCCGCCCUGCACAUAGUCAAUCAGAACUGGCUCUUUAAUGCAGCAUUUAAGAUUUUCAAGCCUUUCCUCAAUGCCUCCAUGCGAGAGCGUCUUUUCAUACAUGGCAGCGAUAUGAGUUCCCUACACAAGCACAUUAAUCCCGAAAAUCUGCCUAAACGAUAUGGUGGCUUACAUGAGGAUUAUUCCUACACGCUCUGGUUGGAAAUGUUGGAGCAACAGUGUGCGAACAGUGGUGUUCAGAAGGAGAUGGAGCAACUGGGUUUUAUUUUCGAUUAGGCAUAUUCAAAACUAUUUUUUGUACUCCAAUGCUCUCUUAAAUAAUAUGCAUUAAACAUUUGAGGAAAAGUCAA